AUGACGAUGCCAAGAACAAAUACACAGAUCAUAGCACUAAACUCCAUCAGAACUAAGCCAUCAUCAGAAGAAAAGCUAUCUUCCAGGCGUCGUCUCUCCCGGAAGGAACACACGAUGAGGGACGUGUCGUCGUUCGACGAUGUUUACUAUCAAGAAGGUAGGAUUGGCAUUCCGUUCCGAUGGGAAUCCCAACCCGGAACGCCUAAGGUCGAAUCCAGGGAUUCCCCACUCCCUCCUCUCACACCCCCGCCUUCAUUCCAUUCCAACCCUAUUUCAAGAAAACCCCCCAGAAAGAACAACAUUGUGCCUGCUUUACUCCUGCCCAAGCUCAAUCUCAACAAAGCCCAGUUUCACCAGUCCCCUUCCAGGUCGUCGUGCUCGUCUUCUUCGUCGUCCCCAUGGUCAACAACUUCAUCCCCACUGGUUAUUCCGUCUGGGACGAAGCAACGUACUCCUCCGAGGAGGUCAUUUGAUUCCAGGAAUAUGGAAGCGGAGGAUUGCGAGUCGCCUGUUUCUACUUUGUGCUUCCGCGCUGGGCGUAGCAGCACACAUCGGGCUUCCCGGGGUUGCACUUUCAGCAUCAUCAAGCUGUUACUGGGAGAAUUGUCAUGA